UCUAGCCCCCUCCCCCGGCCCUUCCGGCCGCCCCGUCUCGGUGGUUCCGGUCCUCCAGCCCCGCCCCCCCGCCCGGCUCGCGCCGCCGAGUCCCGCGCGCCGCCGCCCGGGUGCCGGGGGUCUCGCUGCGGGCGCGGGCAGGAUGGCGCAGGAGGGGCGGGCGCAGUACGAGCCGGUGGCGGAGAUCGGCGUGGGCGCCUACGGCACCGUCUACAAGGCGCGGGACCUGCAGAGCGGCAAGUUCGUGGCCCUGAAGAAUGUGCGGGUGCAGAUGACGGAGAACGGGCUCCCCCUCAGCACCGUCCGCGAGGUGGCCCUGCUCAAGCGCCUCGAGCACUUCGACCACCCCAACAUCGUCCAGCUGAUGGACGUCUGUGCCACCGCGCGCACGGAGCACGAGAUCAAGGUGACGUUGAUCUUCGAGCACGUGGACCAGGACCUGAAGACCUACCUGGACAAGGCGCCCGCGCCCGGGCUGCCCCUCGACACCAUCAAGGACCUGAUGCGUCAGUUCCUCUGUGGCCUCGACUUUCUCCACUCGAACUGCAUCGUGCACCGGGACCUCAAACCCGAGAACAUCCUGGUGACCAGCAGCGGGCAGGUCAAGCUGGCCGACUUCGGCCUGGCCCGCAUCUACAGCUGCCAGAUGGCCCUGACCCCCGUGGUGGUGACGCUGUGGUACCGGGCGCCCGAGGUGCUGCUGCAGUCGACCUACGCGACGCCCGUGGACAUGUGGAGCGUGGGCUGCAUCUUCGCCGAGAUGUUCCGGAGGAAGCCACUUUUCUGCGGUAACUCGGAGGCCGACCAGCUGGGCAAGAUUUUUGACAUGAUCGGGCUCCCCGUGGAGGACGAGUGGCCCCUGGACGUGGCCCUGCCCCGCUGCGCCUUCACCGCCCGGCCCCCCCAGCCCGUGGAGGGCUUCGUCCCCGAGAUGGAGCCGUUGGGGACCCAGCUGCUGCUGGAGAUGCUGACCUUCAACCCCUACAAGCGGAUCUCAGCCUACGACGCCCUCCAGCACCUCUACCUCCAGGACCGGGGGGCGGGCGAGGGGUAGCGGCCGCCUGGGGGGGGGGGGCACUGGGACUGGAUUGGGGGGGGGGGGGGCACCCCACUGCACCCCCCCGCGGUUACAGACACAGGGAACGGAGCCGUUCCCAGCCCCGGGGGCGUGCGAGGGGCUCGCACGGGGUUUUGCUCCCGCUGAGUGCCUUGGACAUCCCCCCUCCCCCCCUUGCACGAGGAGAGUGUAAGGCCCUCGUGCAAGCAGGAUGUGCCCCCCCCCGCAAUCCUUGUGCAAGAAGGAUGUGCCUCUCCCACACCCCCCCGUGACUUGGAGGGACGUGAGCCCCCCCCCGUCCUCGUGCGAGAAGGAUGUGCCCCCCCCAUCCUCGUGCAAGGUAGAAGGACGUGAAACCCCCCCCCCCCAAUCCUCGUGCAAGCCGUGUGCAAGGGAAGGCGCCGCUUCUCUGCACUGGUGCUCCGCUCGCACGACGGAGCCGGGGGAAUCGGGGAGCCCUCGUGCAAGGGCUGGGGGGGGCAGAGAUGGGCACCCCACUUCUCUGCUAAUAAAGGGGGGUGGGCAGCACCCCAGCCCCCACCCGC